AUGGGGGCGCAGUCUUGCAAGCCACUGGGAAAGUCGAAAUUGAACGCCCCAAUUGGUUAUGUAUUAGAUCAUGUCAUAAGUCAGGCUGAUAAAGCUAGUUCGCAAUGUAUGCUUUACAAGAUAGUGAAUUACAAAAAAGGAGGUGAAUUAAUUGAUGCAUACAAUUUCGGCGGGCAAAGUGAAGUAGAGAAGCUAAUAAAGGGACAAUUUGGAGUGUUGAUGUACUGCAAUGGCCAUGGUCAGAAAAUAAAUCGCGCAGAAUACUUAAGAUGGAAAUAUCGUGAUCAUAAUCAAGUAGCGGUACCGAUUGAAUCUUCUCUAUCUCCUCACGAUCCCCUGAGCAAGUGGCAAGAUCACAAAGCUUGUUGGCAAAUGCGUUAUCGUGGUCUUUUGGGUGAAAGUAUGCUUCAUGUUCUCAUCAUAUGUGAUACCAGAUUACAUACAAAAUUAGCAAGAACACUAUUAAGAUGCUUUCCAAACUUAGCCUUAGAUGUUGUCGAAGGAGAAGAAUAUCUUGGAGCCAGUGCAUUACAUUUAGCGAUUGCAUACAGUAACAAUGAACUUGUGCAAGACUUACUUGAAGCAGGAGCUAAUGUUAACCAGCGCGCAAUAGGAAGCUUUUUCCUGCCGCGUGACCAACAGCAAAUACGCCGGUGCAAAUACACCGACUACGAAGGACUGGCAUAUUUAGGUGAAUACCCUCUUGCAUGGGCCGCUUGUUGCGCCAAUGAGAGCGUUUACAACAUGCUCCUUGAUAAUGGUGCUGAUCCUGAUUUAUGCGAUACUUUUGGAAACACAGUAUUGCAUAUGGUGGUUGUCUGUGACAAAUUGGACAUGUUUGGGUAUGCACUGCGACAUCCUAAAUUGCCUGCGAAAAAUGGUAUGUUAAAUUAUGCUGGAUUAACUCCUCUAACAUUGGCUUGCACUUUGGGCCGUGCGGAAGUUUUUCGUGAAAUGCUGGAAUUAUCAGCAAAGGAGUUUUGGAGAUAUAGUAAUAUAACCUGUUCCGCAUAUCCACUUAAUGCUUUGGAUACUUUACUGCCUGAUGGACGAACAAAUAUGGGGGCGCAGUCUUGCAAGCCACUGGGAAAGUCGAAAUUGAACGCCCCAAUUGGUUAUGUAUUAGAUCAUGUCAUAAGUCAGGCUGAUAAAGCUAGUUCGCAAUGUAUGCUUUACAAGAUAGUGAAUUACAAAAAAGGAGGUGAAUUAAUUGAUGCAUACAAUUUCGGCGGGCAAAGUGAAGUAGAGAAGUUAAUAAAGGGACAGUUUGGAGUGUUGAUGUACUGCAAUGGUCAUGGUCAGAAAAUAAAUCGCGCAGAAUACUUAAGAUGGAAAUAUCGUGAUCAUAAUCAAGUAGCGGUACCGAUUGAAUCUUCUCUAUCUCCUCACGAUCCCCUGAGCAAGUGGCAAGAUCACAAAGCUUGUUGGCAAAUGCGUUAUCGUGGUCUUUUGGGUGAAAGUAUGCUUCAUGUUCUCAUCAUAUGUGAUACCAGAUUACAUACAAAAUUAGCAAGAACACUAUUAAGAUGCUUUCCAAACUUAGCCUUAGAUGUUGUCGAAGGAGAAGAAUAUCUUGGAGCCAGUGCAUUACAUUUAGCGAUUGCAUACAGUAACAAUGAACUAGUGCAAGACUUACUUGAAGCAGGAGCUAAUGUUAACCAGCGCGCAAUAGGAAGCUUUUUCCUGCCGCGUGACCAACAGCAAAUACGCCGGUGCAAAUACACCGACUACGAAGGACUGGCAUAUUUAGGUGAAUACCCUCUUGCAUGGGCCGCUUGUUGCGCCAAUGAGAGCGUUUACAACAUGCUCCUUGAUAAUGGUGCUGAUCCUGAUUUAUGCGAUACUUUUGGAAACACAGUAUUGCAUAUGGUGGUUGUCUGUGACAAAUUGGACAUGUUUGGGUAUGCACUGCGACAUCCUAAAUUGCCUGCGAAAAAUGGUAUGUUAAAUUAUGCUGGAUUAACUCCUCUAACAUUGGCUUGCACUUUGGGCCGUGCGGAAGUUUUUCGUGAAAUGCUGGAAUUAUCAGCAAAGGAGUUUUGGAGAUAUAGUAAUAUAACCUGUUCCGCAUAUCCACUUAAUGCUUUGGAUACUUUACUGCCUGAUGGAAGAACAAAUUGGAAUUCGGCGCUAUUCAUUAUAUUAAAUGGAACAAAAGAAGCUCAUUUGGAUAUGCUCGAUGGAGGCAUAAUUCAAAAGCUUCUGGAAGAAAAAUGGAAAACAUUUGCAAGGAAACAAUUUCUGAAGCGUCUGCUGAUACUAUUUAUUCACCUAAUAUGUUUGUCCAUGGCUGUAUAUUUAAGACCUACUGAUAACAAUUUUUAUUAUGAAAAUACUUUGGAUAGUCCAUAUAAAUAUGAUGACACUGGCGAUAGCGAUAUUAAAACAUUAUUGAGAUAUGUAUUUGAAGUAGCGACUAUCAUGGGUGUUUUAAGUUAUGUCAUUCUACAGCAAGGAGAUGAAGUUAAAAAUCAGGGUAUGGCAGCUUUUCUAAAGCAACUGACUCAUGCUCCUGCUAAGGCUAUAUUUCUGAUCUCCAACUUUUUAAUAUUGUGCUGUAUUCCAUGCCGCCUCAUGGGCGAUCGAAAAACAGAAGAAGCAAUUUUAGUAUUUGCCGUGCCAGGUUCUUGGUUUCUUCUCAUGUUUUUUGCUGGGGCCGUGAGAUUGACAGGACCAUUUGUUACCAUGAUAUAUAGCAUGAUAACGGGCGACAUGUUAACAUUUGGCAUUAUUUAUAUGAUUGUACUUUUUGGUUUCUCACAGUCAUUCUACUUUCUAUAUAAAGGAUUUCCAAGCGUUAAAUCUACUCUUUAUGGUAAUUACCCCAGAACGUGGAUGGCGCUUUUUCAAAUCACAUUGGGAGAUUACGUUUAUUCAGACCUGGGAUAUACAACAUAUCCAAAUUUAAGCAAGACCGUCUUUGUUAUCUUUAUGGUAUUUGUACCAAUUCUUCUCCUUAAUAUGUUAAUCGCAAUGAUGGGAAACACUUAUGCACACGUCAUUGAACAAUCUGAAAAAGAAUGGAUGAAACAGUGGGCAAAAAUCGUUGUAACUUUAGAACGUGCAGUGAGCCAAACCGAUCUUCACAAGUAUCUAGAAGAAUAUUCAAUUGGAAUGGGACCUUCCGACGACUCUAGUUAUGAACAGAGAGGAGUAAUGAUUAUCAAAAGUAAAAGCAAAACAAGAGCAAAGCAGAGAAAAGGGGCGCUUACUAACUGGAAGCGAGUAGGAAGAGUUACAAUAAAUGAAUUACAUAAACGCAAUAUUUCUGGAGAAGAUCUUAGAAAACUAAUGUGGGGCAGAUUGUCAAUAAGUACGCCAACUAAGGAACCAAAAAUGAAAUAUUUGCUGUAG